AUGUGGGCGUUGAAUGAUGUGAACAUAGCAAAUACGUACGAAUCGAAUGAAUUUUGUAUGCCAGAUGAUUAUACCCUAUCGUCACAGUGGGACUACGACGGCAGCUACUCGACCAACUAUAGCGAAAAUGAAAUAGAUCUCGCCACCGUGUUGAUGAACCUGAAGGAAGACCCCUCGCCGAACGGAAGUUGCAACGACCACCACGAACCGUCGUACUAUGAUCCGACGACGAUGGGCGGCUAUCAACAGCACCAUCACCAGCUUCUGCAAUGGCAAUGCCCGUCUGACGAACAGCAGCAACACGUGUUCGUGUACGACUCGAUGGACGGCGAUCAAGCCCGCCCGACCAACGAGGACUGUUUACUACCCGCUAUACUAGACGCAGAAGUCGAAUUUUUCAAAACAAGCAACGCGUCAAUGGAGAAAAAGCGGGCGGGUCGGCCGCGCGGCACGAAAGCGAAACGGUCGAAAGCCGAGCCCAAACUGAGCAGGAUAUGGGAGUUCAUCAGAGACCUGCUGUUGAACUCGCAAUACUGUCCGACGUACAUAUGCUGGGAGAACUACGAGGAGGGUCGGUUCAGGUUCGUGCAGAGCGACAAGGUGGCGAAGCUGUGGGGCAAGUUCAAGCGCAACGAGAGGAUGAACUACGAGAAGUUCAGCAGGGCCAUGCGGUACUACUACAAGACCGGCGUCCUGUUGCCGGUGCAGGGCAAACGCCUAGUUUACAAAUUCGGGCCAAAGGCCACGGGGUGGCACACGGACAAUCCUAAUUUCAAAAAGUAUACAUUUUAG